CUCCUCUCACAGAGCAUCAUGCUUCAGACCAUGCAGUGGUAUGGGUCAGUCGCACAGGAACAAUGGCAUGCCUCCCUUUCUUGCCCACCUCUCUAACUCUUGCCCUCGUAUUCUCGUCCUCGCACCAGAUUCCACCCUCCACCACCUGGCACUUGAUGCAUGGCCGGGGGUCUACGCCCUCAUGCACCGAUACCAGGAAGCCGUUGCUGACUUCACCAAGGCAUUGGAGUUCAAUCCAGACUUCUAUGAGGCCAGGAGGAGGCGCGGACAGACAUACACAGCCAUGGGCAGGAAUGAUGAGGCAAUCAAGGAUCUCACAGCAGUGAUCGAGGCGCGCCCCACGGACUGGCCUGCAUAUAUGGAGCGAGGCAUAGCGCAUUUCAACGCGCGGUUCAUCUUCCAGGCCCUCAGUGACCUGCGCACGGUCACUGCGCACGACCCCAGCAACGCCCAGGCUCUCUUCUUCCUCGCACAGGCGCACAUGCACGGGGGAGAGUGUGCGGCGGCCAUACCGCUGCUGCACCGGGUGAAGCAGCUGGAUCCGAACUUGAGGGGGCUGCUGGUGCAGCUGGGACAGGCGUACAAGGAGGAAUCGCGCCUGGAGGAGGCUGAGGAGACGUACCGACAGGCACUGGAGAAGGAACCACAGUGCAUUCUCAAGGGUGCCAUCGUGAGGUUUCAUUUCCACCUGCCUCCUGAGGAGUCGUGUCCUAAAGAACCCAAGCCAGAGUACUGUGGGAGUCGUGUCUAUGGUGGAACCACCCCCCUUCCCUAUGCUCCGCCUGUUCCUGCUCAAUCCUCCUGUCAUACUGCUGCUGCCACUCCUCCUCCCUCCCUUUCGGUUGUUGGCAGGAAUUUGCUGGGCUAUCAUCUGUACUCAACUCUCAAGCACGGCAUGGGGUAUCACAGGGAGGCGAUGGAAAUAGCGCGGAAAGGGCUGAGAGAAGCAGACGCCAACGACUUGGAUCUGCGAUACAUGGAGGCCUCGUGCCUGCACGCCCUGGGGUACUUUCCCCAAGCCAUCCAGGCCUACUCCGCCAUUCUCGCCCUGCAGCUGGCCCCUGGUGUAGACCAGACCAAGCAGUUCCAGGCGUUCUACCAGCGCGAGCUUACUGCAUACCUGGCGCAGCGGCGCGGCAAGCCCAUGACAGCAUACAGCAUAGACGACGACAUGCACCCCACGUUCAAGGAGCUCUGGGCCAAGCGCAUCGCCUACGCGCCGCUCUUCCCGGGGUACCAGCUCCAGCCGCUCCGCACCGCACUCAAGCUCGCAGCACCGGAAACCGGCGGCCACAACGUGAGGUUUUCGGAGAGCGUGCGGAGGGUGUUAGGAGCAGCGGAUGAACUGGGGAAGAGGACGCAGUAUUGGUGUCAUGGGUUUCUGAGGAACCGCAGGCAGCAUAGGAUGGCUGGGCUGGCGAUUCUUGAUGUUAGGGAUAUGGUGAGGGAGACUUGGAGGAGAAUGAGGCAGGGGAGGGGUGGGGAGGUUGUGGGAGAAGGGGGAAGUGGUCGAGGAAGUGGGGAGGGGGGGGAGAGUGGGAGGGGGAGACAGAGGGGAAAGAGGCGGCAGCAACACCAGCAGCAGCAGCAGCAGCAGGAGCAGCAGGAGGAGGGGCAGAAGGAGGAGGAGCAGGAGCAAGGCAGGGCGGGGAGGAGGAGGGGUGGAGCAGCAGGGUACGUGCGUCGAUGGCGUGACAUUUAUGACCGCGUGGUGCGGUGGAGGCAGCUGGGGGAGCCCAUUGAACCUGUCGUGUGGAUCGACAAACUCACGCGCAAGGAGUUUGAGGAUGGGUUUGGGUCUGUCACAGCCAUGCUGGUCAGCCAGCUCAAGAGCACCAAAUACUACUUCGCCUUCCACAGGGCGUUUGAGAUCAUGAAGCAGCAGGUGAAGCAGAGGCACAUGGUGUGGAACGGCUACGAGCAGGCCGUGCCUCUCUCCCAUACUGCCGUGCACCAGGUGGAGAAUGCAGAGACAGCAGAGGAGGCAUGGAAGGCCAUUGGACAGGACUACUGGGUGGUCACGCCCUGCUACAGCACUGCUCGCCCAGGGGUCGUUAUGAACGGCACUCGCCUCACCAUGGUCAAGACCCCUACGUACUACGAGUUCUCCAUAAAGACUCCUGUCGUGCCCACCCGCUGGGACGAGUACGACUUUGAGAUGGAAACCGCUUGGAAGGAUCUAUGCGAGGCAUAUCUCAACGAUUCCCUGAAAGCAUCGGAUGUGGACGCAUAUAGAAGGCGAAUCCACCAUGCUAUUCUUCGCAUGGGUUUCUACUGGUACAACUUCAUGCCCAUGGCUCGAGGAACGGCCAUGGUGGGCUAUGUGUCCAUGCUUGGACUCUUCGCUGCAGCGGACAUGCAUGUCACAGCUGACAUUCCCAAGGGAGUCCAGGUUGACUGGGAAGGCAUUCUGACCCCGCGGGUCGAAGAUUUUAUCGCAUCCCUAUCGGAAUGGAUGCUGCCUUCCAUCGAUUACAACUCCCCCGUGCCACAGCAAAAUUGGGUGCGCGAGAUGACGCUACCCACGCGGUUAAGUUCCUCAACUGCCGUAACCGUGCAUUCGUCAGGUGUUGCACAGUCGUCGUCAAUCGCUCACUCUUCGACAUGCUUACAUGCCGGUUCACCACGUGCAGCAGUUCGUCUAGAGUCCGUUCAACCGUUGGACGGACGGCCUCGAUCAGACCAUGCGAGGCCAUCGUACGUCCUGCGACGAGGAAUCGUUGCCGCUGCGACCGCUCAGGUGGUGGGAACCAGCAACACCCAUCGGCUCCGGGAUAUGGGCGUUUUUCCCGACUUUUGCCCGCCUCCCUCUCUUGUGUUCUUUCGUCAUCAAUCUAUCAAUCCUGAUCCACGUUCUCCUCCUUCCGGUCCUAGUUCUCCCUCCCGCCGUCCUUUUCCAAGUCUCCCCCGUUCCCUCUCGUCUCUCCGCCCUUUCCCUCGACCCCCUCACCGCUCCACUCCUUCCUCCUUCCCUCCACCGAAACCAACCCCUGGGAGUGCAGACAUUCUGCUGCUGAACCGAGUGCGGUCGCGCGCGCUGGAGGAGCUGUCAGAAGCGCGCAUGCAGAACGACGGGCUGCAGAACCAGCUGCGAAUCUUCCAGGCGCGCAUCGCGGAAGCCGACGCGAAGCUUCACCUGGCGGUGCAGAGCCGCGAGCGCAGCUCCCUGCUGGAAACGCAGCUGCGCGUGCUGCAGGAGCAGGUGGAGGAGCUGGGGGAGGCGGACGGCGAGGGGGAAGGGGAAAGCGCGGGCGCGGAGGCGGAGGAGGAGGUGGUGGGGGAGCUGGAGAAGCAGGUGGCGGAGCUGCGCGCGCGGGUGCAGGACGGGGAGGAGGCGGAAGCGCGGCUGGAGAUUCUGCAGGGGCGGAACGAGGCGCUGCAGCGGGAGGUGGAGGAGGGGAUCAGGCAGGCGGAGGCCGCGCGGAGGCGCGCGGAGGAGGUGGAGCGGAGGCUGCGCGAGGAGAUGGAGGGGCUGACUGAGAGGCUGGUGCGGCUGCAGGCGGAAUUGGCGGUGUCUCAGGCUAAGGAGAAGGAGCUGGGGGAGGCUGUUGCGGUUAAGGGGUUGCUUGAGCGGGAAGUGGGGGAUCUGCGGGGGAAGGUGGCGGAGAAAGAGGCGGAGAUGGCGCAGGCGGUGCGAGAGCGCGAGGAGGAGGUGGAGCGGCUGCGGGAGAGGCUGGAGCGGGAGGUGGGGGAGCUGGGGGAGAAGGUGCGGGAGGAGGGGGAGAAGCGGCGGGCGGCGGAGGAGGAGCGGGAGAGGCUGGAUGGGGAAAUCGCAGCGCUGAAAACGGAAGUGGAGGAGAGGGAGGAGGCGUUGAGGCGAGAGCUGGAGGAGGUGGCUGGGAAGCUAAGGAGAGAGGUGGAGGAGAGGGAAGCAGUGGUGGGGGAAGAGGUGCAAGAGAGAGAGGCGCUGGUGGCCCGGCUGAAACAGGAAGUGGAUGAGCUGACGGAGAAGGUUGGGGACAAGGAGCGGGAGAGGGAGCGCGCGGAGGCGGAGGUGGGGGAGCUGCGGAAGAGAGUGGAGGCGGCGGAGGAGGUGGUGCGCGCGAAGCAGGGGGAGGUGGAGGAGCUCCAGGAGGAGCAGGCGCAGGAGCUGCGCGCGCUGGUGGCGCGGCUGGGGGAGGAAACCGCGCAGAUGCGGAAGGCGCUGGAGGGGAAGGAGCGGGAGGUGGAGGAGGUGGAGGCGGCGAGGGGGAAACUGGAGGAGGUGGUGAGGCGGACGGAAGGGUGGCUGGGGGAGGUGCGCGGGGAGAACGCGGACCUGCGGGCGCAGCUAGCAGCACUGCAGCAGCAGGUGGCGGAAGCGGAGGAGAAGAGAGAGCUGGUCGUUCAGUUGACUGAGGAGGAGGAGAGGGAGAGGGAGGAGCAGCGGCAGCAGCUGAUGCUGCAGCUGCAGCAGGCGCAGGAGCGGGUGGGGGAGCUGGAGCGGAAGCAGGAGAUGGUGGCAAAGGUAGAAGCGGAGAUCAGUCUACUACAGUCGGCGAUUGAGGAGGCUGAAGGGCUGGAGAGGAUAUCUGCGGCUGUAGCAGAGCAGAACGAGGAGCUGCAGGGGGAGCUGGCAAGGCUGAGAGAGGAGGUGGCGGCGGCUGAGGCGGCGAGGGCGCAGGAGCAGGAGGAGCGGCAGGCGGAGAAGGAGGAGUGGUGGCGGCUGGCUGAGGAGACGGAGGCGUAUAGAGCCCAAGUGGGUGUGCUAAGGAGUGAGCUAAUGAAAACGGACGAGCUGAUGCGAGCGCAGCUGGAGCUGUAUGAAGCUCAGAUGGCUGCUUUCCAAGAGAGUUUAGAUGCAGCGAAUGAGAGCGUGGAGGUGUAUAGGGCCCGGGCAGAAGAGGCGACAGCAGCGGCAGAAGAGGCGGCGGCCAUGGCGGCGGAAGCAGAGGCAGUAGCGGCACAGUGGGAGGAAGCGGCGGCGUCUGGCGCGCUGGGUGAGCUGAAUCUGGACGGGAUGACAAGCGGGUUUGUAACCAGUGGGAGCAGCAGCAGCAGCAGCAGCAGCAUGGGGGGUAGGUGGCAGCGGCCGGCGGUGGUUGCAGCAGGGGAGCUUCCUUGGGAGUACUGGAGCUCUCUUUUACUGAAGCUGGACGAGCUGCUGCUGCGGCGGGUGCUGACGACUGAAGAGCUGGAUGAGUUGAGGGACAUGGCGUGGCGGAGGGAGAAGGCGAUCAGAGAAGCGUGGGACUCGGUUGGGGGUGCGGAGGUGGUGCAGGCUGUGGCGGCCGGGGGGAACAGUGACGCGGUGCUGGGGAGGGAUGCGGUGGUGGCGGGCGCACUGAGGGGCGUGCUGGGAGGGGAGCAGCCGCCGCUGCCGCCCCUGCAUGUCGUGCAUAUAGCUGCGGAAAUGGCGCCUGUGGCGAAGGUGGGAGGGCUAGCGGACGUGAUCACGGGGCUGUCGAAGGCGCUGCAGCGCAGGGGGCACCUGGUGGAGAUCAUUCUGCCCAAGUACGACUGCAUGGACUACUCGCGCAUCAACGACCUCAAGCCUUUGGAUCUCAAGUUCUCGUCCUUCUUUGACAAUGAAAUGCACGCCUGCAAGAUAUGGAGGGGCAUGGUGGAGGGGCUGCCGGUGUACUUCAUAGAGCCGCUGCACCCCGCGCGCAUGUUCUGGCGCGGCACCUUCUACGGGUGCAACGACGACUUCCGCCGCUUCACGCUCUUCUGCCGCGCUGCCCUCGAGUUCCUCCUCGUCUCGCACAAGCGCCCCGACAUCAUCCACACUCACGACUGGCAGACCGCCGUUGUGGCGCCGCUGUACUGGGACGUGUAUGUGCCGCGGGGGCUCAACUCGGCGCAGCUGGCGUUCACGUGCCACAACUUUGAGUACCAGGGGACGGAGCACGCCAGCGCGCUCGCUGCGUGCGGGCUGGACGUGAACCGGCACAACGUGCCCGAGCGCAUGCGGGAUAACUUCAUGCACGACAGAGUCAACCUGCUCAAGGCGGGCAUAGUGUUCUCAGGUGUGGUUACCACAGUGUCGCCAACAUACGCCAUGGAAGUUAGAGGGCCCGAGGGCGGGCGAGGGCUGCACCUGACGCUGGGGCAGCACGAGAAGAAGUUUUUUGGCGUGCUGAAUGGGAUUGACUCGGAGGUGUGGGAUCCGGCCACGGACCCGCUGCUGUGCUGCCCCUACAGCGCCGCUGAGCCUGAGGGCAAGGCGGAGAACAAGGCGUAUCUCAAGUCCAUGCUGGGGCUCUCGUCCUCAGGGCCUGAUGCACACAAGCCGCUGGUGGGGUGCAUCACGCGGCUGGUGCCGCAGAAGGGCGUGCACCUCAUCCGCCACGCCAUCUACCGCACGCUGGAACGCGGCGGCCAGUUCGUGCUGCUCGGCUCCAGCCCUGUGCCCGACAUCCAGAAGGACUUUGAGGGCAUAGAGCGGCAGUUCAGCAGCGACCCCAACAUCCGGCUGGUGCUCAAGUACGAUGAGAGCCUCUCGCACCUCAUCUACGCCGCCUCGGACCUCUUCAUCAUCCCCUCCAUCUUCGAACCUUGCGGCCUCACCCAGCUCAUUGCGAUGCGCUAUGGUUCCAUACCCAUUGUGCGCAAGACAGGCGGCCUUGCAGACAGUGUGUUUGACGUAGAUGACCCGUCAAUUCCUGUGGAGAAGCGCAAUGGUUUCAGCUUCACUGCCAGCGAUGUCAAUGCGCUCAACUAUGCCCUGGACCGAGCCAUAACAGCGUACUAUGAGCGGCGGGAGUGGUGGGUGCAGCUGGUGGCGCACACCAUGGCCAUGGACUUCGGGUGGGAGCAGUCCAGCAGGCAGUACGAGCACCUCUAUCACCGCUGCCUGCCGCACCGCCGCACCUGGUGA